GUCAAGCAACAACAACUACAACCUGAACUCUGAUGAUGCUGCUUCAUUACCUUCAACAACUUCCCAAUCACCUUUGGAUACUUCACUAUUAAACUCUGGUUUCAAACACUCAACUCCUCAAAAUACAAUCACUACUAAACCAAUAACCAUCAACAAGAAGAUCUCAAAAGGCUCUGCUACUUCUGCUGCUAAAAAACCUUCAAGAUUUAGACCUUGUGAUGGUUGUAGGAAAAGAAGAACCAAAUGUUCAAUCCCUCAAGGUUCCAAAACUUGUCUUGAAUGUACCAAGAGAAACAUGGAGUGUAAAUUUGAUUUCACCACUGAUCAAUUAAACAACUCAGAUUUGAAAAAUUUCAAAAUGAUUUGUGAUAAUUGUAAUCAUAGAAGAACAACUUGUAUUAUACCCAGAAAUUCAAAUCAUUGUACUGAAUGUACCUUAAGGGAUUUACAAUGUAAAUUUAGUGAUUCUGUUAAUAAUGAUGCCAAAAUAAGAACAAAUAUACCCAUUAGAGAUUAUGAUAAUUAUCAAGGUCCUACAAUAAUGAAGAAGACUUUAUCUUUACAAGGUCCAAAAUCUUCAAAAUUAUUAGGCCCAACUUCAAUAGUUGAAAAAAAUUUAUUGAAUUUUAACAAUAAUGAUGAUGAUCCUGCAAAUUC